AUGGAGCUUCGUGUGAUGUUCAUUGUGCUUGGUUGCUUACUGCAAUGGAGUCAGGGACUUAAGAUUGCAUCUUUUAACAUCCAGAGAUUUAGUCAGAGGAAAGUUGAUGAUCAUGUUACUCUUGACAUUCUUAUCCGGAUUUUAAAAAGGUAUGAUCUCAUCACCAUUGAAGAAGUCAUGGAUUCCGAUAGCUCAGCGGUUACAGAUCUAGUGAGAGAACUGAAUUAUGCAACCAAACUGAACUACAAUUACAUCAUCUCUGACUACCUGGGACAUAGUACUUAUAGAGAAAAAUAUGCGUUUAUUUUCAAAGAGAACAUUCUGAAGCCGGUGGGAUGGUACCACUUUGACGAUGGAUGUGAACAGUGUGGGACUGACACUUUCAUGCGUGAACCCUUUAUCGUGCACUUUCACUCACUCACCACAAUUGUGAAGGACUUUGUUCUGGCAGCCAUCCACACCAGUCCAAGUUAUGCAGUCAGAGAGGUUGAUGCAUUGUAUGAUGUUUGGGCUGAUGCAAGAAAACACUUCAAUACAGAGAACAUCCUGAUCCUCGGAGAUUACAAUGCAGCUUGUCGCUACGUCACAGACAAAGAUUGGCCUAGCAUACGGUUGCGUCAAUAUAAUAAUUUCCAUUGGUUGAUUGGAGAUGAAGUCGACACCACUGUUAGCAUAAACACACACUGUGCCUAUGACAGGUUUGUGAUGACCGGGGAAAGUCUCAUUGACACCGUGGUUCCUGGUUCAGUGAAAGUCUUCUAUUUCCAGAAAGCUUUUGACCUCCCAUAUGAGACAGUCAAAGAUGUCUCAGAUCAUUAUCCCAUUGAACUUGAGCUGAAACGUGAUCCUCAAGCCCCUGACAGUUACUAUAAGACAGGGGGGAUAAUCGGCAUUAAUGGUGGUACCUCUGGCGGCCCUUGCAGUUGCCAAGGGGUUGAUAUGAGUUCCUGCGCUGGGAGAUGUGGUGCCUACUCAGAUCGCUUUCCUUGCAGCUGUACAUCAAGCUGCUCCAAACAUAACGACUGUUGUGCCGACUAUAAAAACUACUGUUAA